CUACUCAACAGGCGGUGUUGAUACCUCGACCAGCAUAAACAAAAAAAUAAUUUGUUUGUUUUGGGUAAUUAAACCAACCAAAUGAACCGCCCGAGCAACUGGGACGAACCCCAAGGACCCUGCAGAUACUGUGAGCUGGCGGUGGAGGAUGACAACUACCUGGAGUGCCAGCAAUGCCGUCGAAUGGUGCACAUCAAGUGCCUGCCACAUGCGAGCACGCCUGGCGAUCUUUUGGGCGACGUCUUCUUCGAGUUCACGUGCGUCAAGUGCGUGGUGGACAGGAUGCAGGGAUCGGCUCUGCCCACGUCCCUGGAAUCCGUCAAGGAAGUGUGUAUACGCCAAAGGAUUCCCUGGCUGCUGGUGCUCACUCUAACCCUGUACAACCUGUCCAUCAAACAGAAGGGUCUGGGUCACCACGGAUUCUUCCAUUGGCGCACCCACAUCAUUAGCUUUGUGGACAAAAACUGGAACUACUUAUUCGGAUCACAUGUGCGCCGUCGCAAGCAGUGGACUGGUUCCGUAUCCGGAGCUCUAUCGCACAACAGCCCGGAGUACUUUCAGUCGGGACUGGAUGUCUUCCAGGAGCAUGGCUGGUGGAAACUUGCCAAGCCGUUUCGAACACCCAGAAGCGUCCUCAAAGAAUAUGCGAAAAAGCAGCUGCAGCGUCAGCAAUUGCGCAUUGAAAAGCGUUUGCCCGCCACGGAUGAGACCAGCUGCAGCAGCGAGAUUUCAGUGACCGAUCAUAGCCAGGACAACAGUCAACUUACAGGGGUAGAAGCUGAGUCAAGCCAUACAGCAGAGGGCUGUGCCCGUACCAUUCCCUACAUGGGUCGGCAGCCAAAGGUGCAGGCACCACCUUCACCCUUGCCACAAGAAACGCUUCCAACGCCACCAGCUCCUCUUGAAAAUAUAAUUCCAACCAGUCACGAGGAGGAGGAAGAGCCGCAGCAUCAGCCGUUGAGUAUGGUUCAGGCAAGCCUAAUGGAUUUCCUGGCUGAGAGUUUGGGAGGCGAUGAUCUUAGCAUGUUUGGCAGUCUACCAGGCAUAAUGCCACCUCCACUGAUUGGAGCGGGUAAAAGUGAUUUCUUCAUGACCGAACCUUUGCUGCUAGCGCCUUCCAAUAGUGAAGGUCUGUACGAUAUGGACUCAAAUUUCAACAUACCAACAAGUACCACAGAAGAGGUCAGGGGAAGUAAACAGGUAAAGGAAGAAGUCAAAGAGGAGACCAAAGCCAAUUCAAUCGAGGAAACCAGCGCCGAAAGUGGUGAUGAGCAAAAACAAGGCGAGCAAGAGGAUGAGAACAUGGAGGAGGAUGAAACCUCGGACUAUCAGCCACGCAUUCUGCAGGUUACAAACUAUCAGGCGCAGGAGCCAGGUGAUGCCAUCAAAGAGGAGUCAUUGGAAGAGGAUGUUCAGGAUGAAAAUGACACUUUAGAAGCACAAACCACUUUCCUAGAACCCUGCAAACCAAGUGGAUUUGUACGCCAACCUCGUAGAAAUUGGCCAUGGUUGCAGGAGGCGCAGGAUUCCGAUGACCUAGCCAUUCCCAGCGAGAAUCUCCAGCUGAUGAGUGUUUACGAGGAGCAAAAGUUGUAUCAACGUCUUCAUAGAAUUUUCUCCCUGGAGCAGCAAUGCCAAAUAUCGAUACCCGCCUAUGUGCGGCGUCUGUAUCGAAAGCUCGCACUACGCAAAUGGAAGAGGGACCACAAUCGCCCCAUAUUCAACCUCGACGAGCAUAUAGAUCCCUUGGGGAGAGCACGCUUGAAGAUGCAGGGCCAUCAGAAGUCCCAAAUACUGGAUAGAUAUCAACUAUUGGCCCAUUCGCGGCAGGAUGCAAGGAGCUCCUUUCACGCUCGCCUGGCAGGAUGCACUCAGUACGAACUCUUUGAGUCGCCCUACUCUCAGAGGGUGCUCCACCCUUUCAUAUUCCGUAGCGAAACGAUGUCUCCUCCCUGGCUCAAACUCAUGUGCGAGCUGCAGCAUCGUGGAAAUCAAUCGCAUCCCACGAGAUCCACUAUCGACUUUUGCUUUGUGAGACCGCAGCAUAUUCCAGCGGUGAAUGCAUUACUACAGAGUUCUUUCUGGCCCAACAUUGAUGUGAGUGAGUGCCUCAGCUAUCCGGACUACAGUGUGGUGGCGUUGUAUAAAAAACUAGUUAUUGGCUGCGGAUUCCUGGUGCCCGAUGUGGGUUAUAACGAGGCCUACAUCUCUUUCAUGGCUGUGCGUCCGAAUUGGCAGCGAAGUGGCAUCGCCAGCUUCAUGCUAUAUCAUCUCAUCCAGACUUGCAUGUCCAAAGACAUAACGUUGCAUGUUUCCGCCAACAAUUCAGCCGUAAUGUUGUACCAGAAGUUCGGUUUUAAGAUGGAGGAAAUCAUCCUCGACUUUUAUGACAAGUACAUCCCACUGGACUCGAAGCAGAGCAGAAAUGCAUUCUUUUUAAGAUUACAAAGAUGAGAGGAGUUUAAAUAAAUUUGUUUAUCGUUUAAA